GGUGAAAGUUCGACUGAACUGGUUGCAGUGGCCACAGAACCCUUGACAAGUGCUUUACAGCUUCCCAUCGAAUGGGCUCUUCAUAAGAGAGGUGCAAGUGUACAGCUUUCGCAAAACGUCUGGCAGUACUUGACACAGAAAUUUAACAUUGGACGAGCCACUGACAGAAGACAAGACCCAGAGCAAGCAAUAAAGGACAUGCGAACUGCUUGCACCAUAGAUAGAGAGAGAAUAGAAAGAAUGUUCGAUGGAACUGAGUGGUUAUCCAACAUACAGAUUCAGGGUUUCUUCUCGCGAUUGUGCCUUAAAAAGCGAUCUAAAAUCUAACAAGAAACGGAUGAUACCACAGACGCAGACGACCAAGACGACGAUCUGAUAGAGGCACCCGCGUCUAAUGUAGACAAAGAGUGUUCGAGAGAGGCCAGGAACACAGUAAUGGGUGAGAUAGGAAUGAAACACCCAAUCAUGUUUGAUGUCUAUGAUGUGUGCUCGUUGGCAAGAGAGGGAAGGUUGCCUAGCCUCAAAGUCAAGAUACUAAGAGACAUGUGCAAACAUUUUGGGCUUGCAUUUUGA